GUCCGUGCUUUACUGCCUGCACCUCUCUGCACGUUUGUUGUUUGUUGUGUAUGUGAGAGUAUGUAUGUAUUGAGAAGGUUUAUAUUAAAUGUUGAUCAUAUUAUACGGUGAUAGUCGUUCCUGUUCAGACACCAGAGUUAAUAGAAAGUUCGCUUUAAGAUAGAGAAACUUAACAUUACCUGUGUGCUAGCUAACUAGUUAGUUAAGUUGAAAAUACUGUGUUUAAAAUCUGAUAAAAGCAUGGCAUCGGAUGAGAACCCGUGCUCUGAGUUUGUAGACUUUGAACUUAGCAAUUCAGCAUCUAAUGGACUAAAACAAGAGAAACAACUUUCUGCUUCUCAAAGAAGAUAUUACAGCUUCUGUAGAAGGAAGUCAUUUGCUGCCUUUGUGGCAAACAAACAGGAUCUCAAUCCGGACGAUGGAGGCACGUCUUGGUGCUGCUGUGAAGAGACCUUUAAGGAACACUCUGCCAUUCACAAACAUGUGGCCAGGACUCAUGAUGCUGAAAUACAGCAGCUCGCACGGGCCGCGUAUGAGCAUUUGUUGAGCCAGCUGGAAAAAGAGACUGAAUCACAGCAGCAACCGAACAACUGUGAGGCCAAGCCAGCGGAUAUAUCUGCAUGGAUCCCUGAAACUGGACACAUUUCUGAGGAGCAGCUUCAGAAGGGUCCAGGAAAGGUUCUCCUCUAUUAUCACUACUGCCAAGUAGACAAUCCACAUGUCAUCUGUGCGUGGCAGAAAGCCUUGUGUGAGAAGCUUCACUUAAAUGGCAAGGUGAGGGUGGCGACUGAAGGCAUCAAUGGAACAGUUGGGGGCACCAACGUAGCCACUGACAUCUACAUCAAUGCUAUGUGUUCACACCCACUCUUUAAGAUGGAUACGGAGGAUUUUAAGACAAGUGAUGGUGGUGCAGAGUGUUUUACAGACCUGAGGCUGGGAGUUUAUAAGGAAAUUGUCCCAAUGGGAAUGGAUCCUGAAGUUAUCUCCUACAAGCUGGCAGGAAUACAUUUGGAGCCGGAGGAGUUUCAUAAAGAAGUGGACGCUCUUUUGUCUAAAGAGGAUUCGAGCAAUGACACCGUCCUACUGGACUGCCGUAACUUCUAUGAGAGUAAAAUUGGACAGUUUACACAAUGUCUGGCCCCAGACAUCCGUAAGUUCAGCUACUUCCCAGACUACGUGGACCAGAAUCUAGAACUGUUCAGAGACAAGAAAGUCUUGAUGUACUGCACAGGAGGGAUCCGCUGUGAGCGGGGCUCUGCAUACCUCCGUUCUAAAGAUGUGUGUAAGGAGGUUUACCAGCUGAGAGGUGGAAUUCACAAGUAUCUGGAGCAAUUUCCAGAAGGUUUCUAUCGAGGGAAACUUUUCGUGUUCGACGAACGCUAUGCCAUCUCCUCCAACAAUGACGUAAUAUCAGACUGCAGGUACUGUGGCUCUCCCUGGGAUCAGUACAAGCUCUGUUCCACCCAGUUCUGCUGUCAGCUGGUUCUGUCCUGUGUCGCCUGCAGAGAAGCUGGACACACUGCAUGCUGCCCCACAUGUCUAACCAAAGGACGGGCUCAGAGCGAGAAAUCAUCUGCUUUUCAGCAUCACAAAGAGGAGUGUGAGUGUACAGGUGGACGACCCAGAAUCCCUCAGGAUGUGUAGCAACAGGACGGUUAUGAUUGGACAUCAAUAAAAGUGUUGCUUGUCCAGGGACAUUCAUCAAAAUGUACAACUCAAUUUUUAAGACAGUUUCCUGUAUAUUUUAAUGCCAUGGAUUAUUUUUAUAUAAAUGAUGGGAAUGGAGACACGGUGUCCUAAUUCUGGAGACGGGUGUUAUAGCCAUUCUAAUUUUACAUGAUGAGACUGUUUAUACAGCUUUUAUUGAGAACAUGUUAAAUGUAUCUGCAGACAAGUUUUAUUACAUGAAUUUUGUGAAACACCAAUGCCUCUUAAAAAAUACGUUUCAAGAAAAAUGAA